AUGGAGCUGGGCGAGAGGAAGAGGCUCUUGUCCGCCUCGCUGGAAGGAGACGGGAGAGAAGAGAACAAAUUGAAACGAGGAGUUCCCCAAGACUCGACUUCUUCCCCCAAAUUAGACAGAUACAGACUAGCAAGACAGUUGACGGAGAAAGCCAUCAAGGAAAAGAAGAUUUUCUUCCUGUACGGACACUACCCGGUGGUCCGGGCCGCCCUGCGCAGGAGGGGCUGGGUGGAGAAGCUCGUCCACACGCUGCCCAGGGCCAGCACGCACGGCGACGAGGGCGAAGGGGCGGCCGCCCCACGCCCGGGGGCCCCGGCAGCCCAGAGCCUAAAGCCCCACACGCGCUUCGUGCCACAGCAGAAACCCCACGUGGCCACAGCUGCCCCCAGGGGCCUGUGCGAGCGACACAGGUUGGUAAAAAACGAAACGCCGUACUUGCUCUGGACUAUCAAAAGGGACAUUGUCGACUGCCACAGCUUGACCUGUGACCAGAUGCUGAAUCACUACGGGAAAACAGCUUCCUUCACCACCAAGAUCGGGCUGUGCUUGAACCUGAGGAGCCUGCCGUGGUACGUCCAGGCCGACCCUGACACCUUCUUCCCGCGCUGCUACGGGCUCUGCAGCGAGAGCGAGAAGCAGGGCUUCCUGGAUGACUUCCGGCGCACGGCGGCCUCCAGCAUCCUCAAGUGGGUGGUCAGCCACCAGGACAGCAGCAGGAGCAAGGCCAAGCGUGGGAGGGAGGAGGCCGGUGCCAGCGACCCCAGCAGCGAGCCAGGGGCCGAGAGCGCCACCUCGGAGCUCACGGGCCUCUCGGAGCAGCUGGUGGACACGGCGUGCAAGGUGUGCCAGGCCUACCUGGGGCAGCUGGAGCACGAGGACGUCGAUGUCGCCGAGGACGCCGCCAAGGACCUGACGGAGGACGAGUGGAAGGACCUCACCCAGCAGUACUACGCCCUCAGCCGUGGAGACGCCUUCAUUUCCAAUUCAAGAAGUCACUAUUCCCAGUGCCAGGAUCUGCUGAAUAAAAUCUCGUCUGUGAACCCGCAGACCGAGAUCGACGGGCUUCAGAACAUCUGGAUCGUCAAGCCCGCCGCCAAGUCCCGGGGCCGAGACAUAGUGUGCAUGAACCGCGUGGAGGAGAUCCUGGAGCUGGUGGCCGCGGACCACCUGUCUACCAAGGACAGCAAGUGGGUAGUGCAGAAGUACAUCGAGACGCCGCUGCUCAUCGGCGACACCAAGUUCGACAUCAGGCAGUGGUUCCUGGUCACGGACUGGAACCCCCUGACCAUCUGGUUCUACAAGGAGAGCUACCUGCGCUUCUCCACACAGCGCUUCUCCCUGGACAAUCUGGACAGCGCCAUCCACCUGUGCAACAACUCCAUCCAGAAGCACCUGAAGAACGCCAAGGACCGCAGCCCGCUGCUGCCCUGCCACAACAUGUGGACCAGCGCCCGGUUCCAGGAGUACCUGCAGAAGCGGGGCCGGGGCUCCCUGUGGAGCAGCCUCAUCUACCCGUCCAUGAAGCGGGCCAUCGCCAACACCAUGAAGGUGGCCCAGGAGCACGUGGAGGCGCGCAGGAACAGCUUCGAGCUCUACGGCGCGGACUUCGUCCUCGGGCGCGACUUCAGGCCCUGGCUGAUUGAGAUCAACUCCAGCCCCACCAUGCACGCGUCCACGCCCGUCACCGCCCAGCUGUGCGCCCAGGUGCAGGAGGACACCAUCAAGGUGGUGCUGGACCGCAGGGCCGACCGCAGCUGCGACGUCGGCAGCUUCGAGCUGCUGUGGAGGCAGCCCGCCGUGGACCCGCCGCCCUUGCACGGGCCCGACCUCUGCGUGGAGGGCACCCGCCCGGAUCCUGCCCUGUGGUCCCGCGUGUGCCCGGCCGCAGUCUCGCUCUUGCUGCGGCCCUGGCGCCAGCGGCCUCUCUGCCCGUCGACCCGCCCGGAUCCUGCCCUGCGGUCCCGCGUGUGCCCGGCCGCGGUCUCGCUCUCGCUGCGGCCCUGGCGCCAGCGGCCUCUCUGCCCGUCCGUCUGUCUGCUGGCAGCCGUCUCCCUUCAGCUGUAA